AUGGCAAUGGAAGCGGCAGCAGAUAUGCACCUCGGUAAGAACACCUUCUUUCAACAACAUAUCUUUUGGUCGCCAGGCUGCGAUCGAUCCAUAAUGAGCACGUCCUCUUCUUCUCACCCACAAGCGCGAGAUCGUGCGGCAGCGCCAUCCAGCGAUGAUGUUCCCGCUCAAUCCCCUGCCCCUAUACCUCGACCUCCCAAUGCCUGGAUUCUCUACCGCUCUCACAAGAUCGAGCAGCUUCGCAAGGAGGAGCUCCGCCUGGCAGCUCAAGAACAAGCAACAGGAGGCGGGUCCGGGCCUACGACUCCCGCAAAAGGUCAUGCCAGACGAUCUUCAAGUGGAGGAGGUGGUCUCAAGAGGGGUGCUCUGACAGCCAGCGCUCUAGCCGCCCUCGGCAGCACCUCGCAAGAUGGUGAUCCUAGUCCCACCAAGCCCUUCUUCGGAGCCUUCGAGGAGCGAAGAAGCAGAGUCGGCAGUCCCACUCCUUCUCUGUCCUCGACCUUUGCGCCAUCGUCUUCCUUCAUCCAGCCACCUUCGACCUCGACUUCCUUGCGCGAACACUCGUCAGCAAGCGGCAUGACGGCUUCUACAGCUGUCCCCAUAUCGACUCUCCUAGCACAGAUGUGGAAAUCAGAGCCGGAGUCGGUCAAGUCGACCUUCAAAGACAUGGCCAAGCGAAAGGAAGCAGAGCAUAAGCAGGCAUAUCCUGAAUACAAGUACACACCGCGAGUAACAGAGAAGUCGAUCAAGGCCAGACAGAAAGCCAAGGGUCUUAAGAGAAUCGCUACGGGCAAGGUCCAGACCGAACUGAGUGCCGUCCAAGGACCAUCCCCUCGUAGCCCUCGCAGUACUUCGCCUAAGAGACAACGUUACCCCCCACCGCAAGCCAGUCCACGUAGAGGCCUUCGUUCCGCUCGUGGACAGGGCUCACCCGGUCGCGAAGAGGAAUUCCGACGAUCGCUGAGCCCAAUGCGAGAAGCAGCAAGGCCGUACCCAACCCUGUCCAACUCUGUGGAUGCCCACCCUGCUGAGACACGAGCAGUCCUGCAGGCGCCGGAUGAUGGCACUGUGAAGGGCUUGAGAAGAUCGCCGCGCUUCAAGCAGGCUGCCGUAAAACCCUUUCCAGACACCAAUGACACUUGUACCAAUACGUCGCCCGCACAAGGUACCGCAGAGGAGACUCAGGAAGUCGAAGCUGCCAAGGUCGAUGAGCUCAUGCAAAACAUUGUGAAGCCUGUGGAGGCGCAGCUCAAUAGUUCACCGGAGGCUCAAGUAAAGCACGGCGCUAUUGCAAGCGCCCCCUCUUCGAUUCUACCAUGGUCUCCCCCAGAAGCGAGCAUUUGGACCGGCGAUGACGACAGAGCAGAAUUCGACUACGACAUGCACUCUUAUCUUGCCGACCAAAGCCUGGAGGGAUCAUAUGCUGCUGGGAGCGUGCUCGAGAACAUGGACUCGUCAACUGUCGACAUUGCAUCACCAUCGCAUGCAGCAAUGGGCUUCUUUGCACCUUUUGAUGAAGCAGGGAAUGACGGCGAUCGAUCGAUCGUAGACAUUUUGUGCAGUGAUCGGGCGCACCUUGACAGCCUGUUGAGAUCAGACGUGCACACUGUAGGAGAGAGGAAAUCUCCCUGGAGGAGAUCAGACUGUGAACAGGAUCUUUCCUUCGAGUACCUCUCCGCAGAUUCAUCCGGUAUGAAGUAUGACAACUUCAUCAAAUUGCAGGAUGUAUCCUGGCGAAAGCGUCGCCACCCUCAUGAUGUCUCCACAAACACCUAUGAGGAGAAAAGCUCAAGAGGUACCACCCAACGGCACGAUCGACAGUCUUUGCAAGACGAUGACAUGUCUUACACCUGCUCGUCGCCUGUGGUGGACCGUCAAAACUCCACUCAGACGAUCACGAGAAACAAUGCUUCACAGAGUGACACUAAUGGCGAUCGCAUUGCCGAGCACUCGUCCGCCUUUAUCAAGUCGGAAUUGCUUCUUCCAGAACUCCAGGACUUCUCUCUUCCGUUGGAGCUAGUCGACUUUUCUUUCGACCACCGGGACAGGGAGGUAGCAGAUGGCAUCCCGUCGCCGCAGGGCCCGUGCGACGAAGAUACUGUCGUCAACGUGGAGGACGACUCGAUGAUCACAUGGGCAGACACCGAGGGUACACAAGAACAAUACUCAUCUGCAUGUGCUCCCGAGCAGCUCAGAUAUGGUGAUCGUCAGACUUCAACGACACAUGGCAACAGCAGUCCUCUUUGGACACGACAACACGCAAACUUCGCAAGAUUUCUUCUCCGGCAAGCAGGACAAGAAGACGUUCUUUCUUCCGGCUCCAGCCCAAAGUGUACACCAUUGCAGGCAGGCUUGCAUGGAGGAGAGUCGGGUUCCGUGUCGACGCCCAAGGUCUUCGACUUAGGCGACGCGAUAGAGCCCGGACUGACUCUGACACAUGGGGCUGCGAUGCCAAACCAGUCUACAGCCCCGCUUCAGCGGAGCGCAGGUGGGCGGCCCGCCCUGCCCUUUGCCCCUAAGUAUGACUUCAUCAACAGCGCCCUCCCUCGUUCUGCUCAGGCCCACUACUCCAGUCCUUGCGGCUAUGACACAUCAGAUACAACAGCCUCUUCACCUAGCUCACCUUUGACAUCGCGGAUUUCGCAAUUCGAGUGUGCAACAUCCCCGAUGCUGUCCACCCUGGCGAAUGGACCGAUGUCCCGCGUCGGUGAAAGAGCAAGGCAAUGGGAGGCUAUGACGGAACAGGGCCGACAGGCAUCCCGGCCACCUGCAACACGCCGAAGCGACAUGAGUCGAACUCCCAAGGGGGAAUUGCUGCAAGCUGCGUCGCCGGCUCCGGUACCUUCGACAGUGACCGAACGCUUGGAGCUCAAUGGAUCAUACACAGAAGAGGAAUUAAUGGAUAUGUUGGCGCGAAGGAGACUGCAAAGGGCAGAAGGUCGAGAGCGUGAGCGGUGA